ACAACACAUUUGUAAUUAAACCAUCUGUGCUCUCUACUUGCCAAUCUUUCCCUCUGCCGAGAAAUGGCCUCACUCACUUUCAUGCCUCUGACCACAACACUCGCCGGGAGCAGCGAUCCUCCGCCGAGGGCAUUUUUUCCCCUCCUCCUCCUCCACCGCAUUCCCACCAGAAUCUGCUGCCACAGAACCCAAUCCGAAUCGCAAUCCCAAAUCAUCCCCACCAAAAAGCAGCUAAUUCCAGGCCCAGCAAGGCUUCCCUUGAUCGGAAACUUGCAUAACCUAAUCGGCGCGCUGCCGCACCAAGCACUCCGAAACCUCGCCUCCCAGUACGGCCCCAUCAUGCACCUCCAGCUGGGAGAAAUCUCCGCCGUGGUGGUCUCGACUCCGGCGAUGGCCCAAGAAAUCCUGAAGACCCAGGACCUGAACUUCGCCGACCGACCCCGGCUUCUCGCCGCCGAGAUCGCCACGUGGGGGAGCCUGGACAUCGCCUUCUCCCCUCACGGCGAGUACUGGAAGCAAAUGAAGCGGAUUUCGCUGACGGAGCUUCUCGGUCCCCGGAAAACGUUGUCGUUUCGCGGGAUUCGAGAAACAGAGGUUUCGGGGUUCAUCCAAUCUCUCAGGAAUUCUGCGGGGAAGCCGGUGAAUAUCACCGAGAAGCUGCUCAAUCUUACCAAUAGGAUCACCACGAAGGCCGCGUUCGGGUACCAGUGUGUGGACGAGGAUGAGUUCGUCGGGCUGGUGAACUCGGCGGUCAAAGCGGCUAGCGGUUUUAACGUCGCCGAUUUGUACCCUUCUCUGGGAUUUCUCCAGGAUCUCACAGGGAUGAAAUCGGAGCUCCUCAGGACCCGAAAUGGGCUGGAUCGGAUCUUCGCUAAGAUCAUUAAGCAGCACCAGGAAAAGAGAGUCAACGGUGGCGGUGAUGUGGAAUCGGAUGAUGAAGAUUUCAUGGACGUUCUUCUCAGGCUUCAGGGGACUGGUGGCUUUAAGUGUCCCAUAACUAGCACCAACAUCAAAGCUGUGCUUGUGGAUCUGUUUAUAGCUGGGACGGACACUUCAUCGAUAACCAUGGAAUGGGCGAUAUCUGAAAUGAUGAAAAAUCCAAGAGUGAUGAGAAAGGCUCAAGCCGAGGUGCGCGAAGCCAUGAAAGGAAAAUCAAUCGUCACAGAAGCAGACAUUCAAAACUUGCCAUACCUGGACUUGGUCAUCAAAGAAACCUUCAGGUUACACCCACCGAUACCACUGUUGCUUCCGAGAGAAAGCAAGGAGAGGUGUGAGAUUGCCGGAUACGAGAUAGCGAAGAAAACCAAGGUGAUUGUGAAUGCGUGGGCGAUCGGGAGGGAUCCCGGUGCGUGGGAGGAACCCGAGCAUUUCAUUCCCGAGAGAUUCGAUGGAAGCGAGAUCGAUUUUAAAGGUAUGCAUUUCGAGUUGCUCCCAUUCGGAGCUGGAAGAAGGAUAUGCCCUGGAAUAGCACUUGGAAUGGCCAAUGUGGAGCUUCCUCUAGCUCAGUUACUCUACUAUUUUGACUGGGAGCUCCCAGGAGGGCUAAUCGCUGACAAGUUUGACAUGGAAGAGUCGUUUGGAGCCACUAUGAGUAGAAAAAACCCUUUGUACUUGGUUGCCAAGGAGGUUGAUUCAAAUUAGCAAUAAUAUGUUUGGUUGCUUUAAGUACUGGUGAAGAGGCAUAUAUAUAUAGACCAAUACUCCUACUAUACUUGGGGAAGUUGCAAAUUGCCCUUGCAGAUUUGUGGUAUUUUAAUUAAGACUGUAAUCAUGG